CAUGUAAAGGAAACGACUUUUUUUUUCCAAAUUGGUUUUACUUUUUGAAAACGAAAUUCAUUUGAGUUUUGUGUCGCCACCCAUUACGAUUCUUCGCUCAUUCCUUGCGAAAGCCUACCCCCUUGCCUUCACUGUCUUCUUUUCUCUCUCUCUCUCUCUCUCUAUCUACAAUGCCUUUGACUUUGCACCUCUCAUUGUGCCAAACACGCCAUUACAGGCUAAUGAAGAAAGUCAAGCUCCAGAAUUAUUAACGUUCAUAUUUAUAUGGUCAGCUUUUCCCUCCCAGAAUGUCUUGAUCUUCAAGCAACUUCUGAAGACUGCAAUUUCAGCACAUAUAAAGGUUCUUUGCACUGGUCCUUUUUGUACAACAUAUUCAUGGUUGUCUGUUUGCAGAUUAUUUGGGAUUGGGUUUUUUUCAUCUUUACUCAGCUGUAGCAAUUCUGGGUUUUUGGUUGGUUUUCAAAAUCUGUUACUGUUCUUCUGUUUUGGGCAUGAAUUUUAUUUGAAUCACUGCCUCGGCUUUCAAUGAAUUGCUUGAUUGAUGCAUUCUGCUAUUUUUGAUGCCUUUGAUCUGGGGAUUAUGGCAUCAAGUCAGCAUCUUUCGAUACCAUUGCCUAGCAUUGCCAAUAUCCAAGAUUCAGAUGCCCCACCGGUAUCAUCUGAGAUAGAGAAAUCGAGUUCAAGCGAUCCUGAAAUGAAUUCCGGAACAGAUUCUAAAUCCCCAGUUGAGAAUCCAUCCAAUAUAGAAUUCCCUUUAGGCACUUCAUCACGACGGAGCAUUUCUUCAAUUCAAUCCAAGGCUUCUGCUGGGAAUUCCACGAAGGAGGUGACUUUUGGUGAUUUGUUAUCGAAGCCUGUGCAAUAUGGGUCUCUGAGAGCUGAGUCGGAGGUUUUGAGCACGUCUCAGAAGGAGGUCAACGAGGAAGAUGCAAGGCUGAUUUAUAUAGAUGAUCCAGGGAAGACGAAUGAGAGGUUCGAGUUUGCUGGUAAUCCAAUUCGAACCUCAAAAUACUCCGUCUUUACAUUCUUGCCUAGGAACUUGUUUGAGCAGUUUCAUAGAGUAGCGUAUAUAUAUUUCCUUGUGAUUGCUGUGCUUAAUCAGCUGCCCCAGCUUGCGGUUUUUGGCCGUGGAGCCUCGAUUUUGCCUCUGGCCAUAGUCCUCUUGGUUACGGCUAUUAAGGAUGCAUAUGAGGACUAUAGGCGGCAUAGGUCGGACAGGGUUGAGAACAAUAGGUUGGCAUCUGUUUUGGUGAGCGGUCAGUUUCAACAAAAGAAAUGGAAGCACAUUCAGGUUGGGGAAAUAAUUAAAAUUCAUGCAAAUGAAACUAUUCCUUGUGAUAUGGUGCUACUUUCAACAAGUGACCCAACUGGGGUUGCAUAUGUGCAGACUAUCAAUUUAGAUGGAGAGUCAAAUUUGAAGACAAGGUAUGCAAAACAGGAAACCCUUUCAAGGAUUCCUGGAAAGGAGAAGUUUUCUGGGUUGAUUAAGUGUGAGAAACCAAACAGGAACAUAUAUGGGUUUCAUGCAAAUAUGGAAAUUGAUGGGAAACGGCUGUCUCUAGGACCUUCCAAUAUUAUUCUUCGAGGCUGUGAGCUUAAGAAUACUGCUUGGACACAUGGGGUUGCUGUGUAUGCUGGCCGUGAGACCAAAGCUAUGCUCAACAGCUCAGGAGCCCCAUCUAAAAGGAGUCGGCUUGAGAUCCAAAUGAACCAUGAGAUCAUCACUCUCUCUUUGUUUCUUGUUGCUCUCUGUACAGUUGUUUCUGUUUGUGCGGGUGUUUGGUUGAGGCACCAUAGAAAUGAGUUAGAUGACAUAGUCUUUUACAGGAAACAGGACUACUCUGGGGAUGAGAUAGGGGACUACAACUACUACGGUUGGGGAAUGGAGAUAUUUUUCACAUUCCUCAUGGCAGUUAUUGUGUUCCAGAUCAUGAUUCCCAUUUCACUGUACAUUUCUAUGGAGCUUGUCCGGGUUGGUCAGGCCUACUUCAUGGUUCGUGAUAGCCAGAUGUACGAUGAGGCUUCAGAUUCAAGAUUUCAAUGCAGGGCCUUGAAUAUAAAUGAAGAUUUGGGACAAAUAAAGUAUGUGUUCUCUGACAAAACUGGUACUCUUACUGAGAACAAGAUGGAAUUUCAGUGUGCAAGCAUUUGGGGUGUGGAUUACUGUGGUGGGAAGACAGCUUCAGAAGAUCAGAAAGAUGGUUACUCUGUCCAAGUGGAUGGAAACACUUUGAGGCCAAAGAUGAGGGUAAAGGUUGAUCCAGAGCUUCUGAGAUUGUCAAGAAGCAGAAAGGAUGCUCAAGAAGACAAUCAUGUUCAUGAUUUCUUCCUUGCACUGGCAGCUUGCAAUACUGUUGUUCCUCUUGUUGUAGACAUAUCUGAUCCCCAUGUGAAGUUGGUAGAUUACCAAGGGGAGUCUCCAGAUGAACAGGCAUUGGUUUAUGCUGCUGCAGCGUAUGGAUUCAUGCUGAUAGAACGAACUUCUGGUCAUAUAGUUAUUGAUGUUCAAGGAGAUAGGCAGAGAUUCAAUGUUUUGGGCUUGCAUGAGUUUGAUAGUGACCGGAAGAGAAUGUCUGUUAUAUUAGGAUGCCCUGACAAGACUGUAAAAGUCUUUGUAAAAGGUGCUGAUACAUCCAUGUUUAGUGUGAUGGAUGGAUCUUUGAAUUUGGACAUAAUACGUGCAACUGAAUCUCAUCUUCAUACUUACUCCUCUUUGGGUUUGAGAACACUUGUUGUUGGCAUGAAAGAACUGAAUACCACAGAAUUUGAACAAUGGCACUCUUCUUUUGAGUCCGCAAGCACCGCUCUGAUUGGUAGGGCAGCCUUGCUUCGGAAGGUUGCUAGUAAUGUGGAAAACAAGCUUUGCAUACUGGGUGCCUCUGGCAUUGAAGAUAAACUGCAGCAAGGGGUACCAGAAGCCAUAGAAUCUUUAAGAACAGCAGGGAUAAAAAUAUGGGUAUUGACUGGUGACAAGCAAGAAACUGCCAUAUCAAUUGGCUACUCCUCAAAGCUCCUCACAGGCCAGAUGGCCCAGAUUAUAAUUAACAGCAACUCUAGGGAGUCAUGUAGGAAGAGUUUGGUUGAUGCCAUGGCAAUGUGUGAGAAGUUUGUGACUGUGUCUGGAACAAACAAUAACACUGGGGGAACUUCUGGAGCUGGUUCAGCAUUGAUAGCCUUGAUCAUUGAUGGUACCAGCCUUGUAUACAUACUUGACAGUGAACUUGAAGAAAUGCUCUUCCAACUGGCCAGUAGAUGUUCUGUGGUUUUGUGUUGCCGGGUAGCCCCUUUGCAAAAAGCUGGAAUUGUUGCCCUUGUAAAGAAAAGGACUGCUGACAUGACACUUGCUAUUGGAGACGGAGCUAAUGAUGUUUCCAUGAUCCAAGCUGCUGAUGUGGGAGUUGGUAUCAGUGGCCAAGAGGGUCGGCAAGCUGUAAUGGCAUCAGAUUUUGCAAUGGCUCAGUUCAGGUUCUUGGUUCCACUUUUGUUGGUCCAUGGUCACUGGAAUUACCAGCGGAUGGGCUACAUGAUCUUGUACAAUUUUUAUAGGAAUGCAGUGUUUGUCCUUAUUUUAUUUUGGUAUGUGCUUUUUGCUUGUUUCACUUUGACCACUGCAAUCACCGAGUGGAGCAGUGUGUUAUAUUCUGUAAUCUAUACAUCAGUGCCUACAAUUGCUGUUGGUAUUCUUGACAAGGAUCUAAGCAGGAGGACUGUUCUGAAGUGCCCUCAGCUCUAUGGGGCUGGUCACAGACAAGAAUGCUACAACAAGAAAUUAUUUUGGCUAACAAUGAUUGACACUUUGUGGCAAAGCAGUGCUGCUUUCUUUAUUCCUCUUGGUGCAUACUGGGGCAGUACCAUAGAUGGAUCAAGUCUAGGAGAUCUUUGGACUCUUGCGGCUGUUAUAUUGGUUAAUCUACACUUGGCAAUGGAUGUAAUUCGAUGGAAUUGGAUUAGUCAUGCAGCGAUUUGGGGAUCUAUAAUUGCAACUUUUGUUUGUGUCAUCGUCAUUGAUGAUUUACCAAUUUUACCUGGUUACUGGGCCAUCUUUCAUGUUGCGAAGACAUGGUUGUUUUGGUUGUGUUUACUUGCCAUUGUUGUGACAGCAUUGAUUCCUCGUUUUGUUAUAAAAGUUCUUUAUCAGUACUACACACCUUGUGACAUUCAGAUUGCAAGAGAGGCAGAGAAGUAUAGAAGCCAGAGGGAGUUUGAAGCUGUAGAAAUAGAAAUGAAUCAGAUCUUGGAUCCUCCCAGAAGAUGAAAAGGUGAUUUUGUUCCUUUACCUCCACUUUCUCUUUUUGUAAAGUAUGGUGUUCUUUUGGUUAGGUCUCUCAUCAGAGCAUUACUCAUAAUAACCGGAUUUUCAUUGUUCGCUAUCCAAAGGGUAAAGGGUUUGCAACUCUUGGAUUUCGUGUUUCAUAGAUGUUGUUAUCAAAUGUAAAUCAGCAUUGUCUACAAAACAAAGGAAACCACACAUCAAUACAUGAAUGAAUGUUGCAUGGAAAA